AUGGAUGAGGCCAGUUGUCAAACCAAGUGUCUGAUACCAGACAAGCUAAAGAUGUGGGACGAAGAUCAUUGUGAAAUGAAAUAUAUUCAUCAUAAUAAAACUCGAUUUGAUUUGGUUGUCAAACAUUGCUUAACGCGUUUAUUGAGUCACUUGAAUAAGUCGGCCGCCGAUAAUAUACUGUUCCUCUUUGCCAAUACAUUCGGCUCCGAUAACUCAUUGGCGAUCAUAAAGUCUGAAUUGGAUAAACUUAGACAAAGUACCCAGAAUAUAGACAUUGAGCUUCAUAAUGAUAAUAUGUAUUGUUUUGAUUACGACUCAUUUAAAUACGCUGUGGCGCAAGCACCGCCCUAUAAUAUUAAAUUAAAUGCACAUGAGAAAAAUAAGCAGAAUAAAUAUUGGAAAAGUUUACACAUUUGA